UGGACAGCGGCUGCACGGCGGCUCCACUCCCUGGCAAAAGCAGUCGGGGAGAAAGCUGAACCGGAGACAUCAAUAUGCAGGGGAAGCUUCACCGUAUCAAUACCUAAAGCGGGAUAUAAGGAGUGCAAAGAUGACUGAGGGCAGACUGUGCCAAGUGCAGCUGCUGGAUGACAGGAAGCUAGAGCUGCUGGUUCAGCCUAAGCUGCUGUCGUACGAACUCCUCGACUUGGUGUCCUCCCACUUCAACCUCAAGGAGAAGGAAUUCUUUGGACUCGCAUUUUUUGAUGACAAUGGUCAGCGUAAGUGGUUGCAGAUGGACCGCAGAGUUCUUGAACAUGACUUCUCGAAGAAGCCUGGGCCCAUUGCCCUCAACUUCCUGGUCAGGUUUUACGUAGAAAACAUAACACAGCUUAAGGACAUCAUAACCGUGGAGUUAUUCUUCCUGAAUGCAAAAUCUGCUGUCUACAAUGGGAUUAUUGAAGUGGAAAGUGAAAACGUCUUCAAAUUAGCUGCAAAUGCUUUGCAGGAGGCUAAGGGAGACUACACAAGUGAUGAAAACACUAGAGCUGACUUGAAGAAACUACCAACUCUUCCCACCAAAGUGCUGAAGGAACAUCCAUCCCUUGCAUACUGUGAGGAUCGAGUAAUUGAGUAUUAUAAACAGCUGAAAGGGGUCUCCCGAGGACAAGCCAUCGUGCAGUAUUUGACAUUAGUGGAAUCUUUGCCCACGUAUGGCGUGCACUAUUACGAAGUUAAGGAUAAACAAGGGAUCCCAUGGUGGCUCGGAAUCAGCUAUAAGGGCAUUGGCCAGUAUGACCUGCAGGAUAAACUGAAACCUCGAAAGCUAUACCAGUGGAAACAGCUGGAAAACUUGUACUUCCGAGAGAAAAAAUUUGCUGUAGAAGUUAAUGAUCCACACAGGAGAGCAGUAACCAAGCGCACCUUUGGGCAGACGGGCUUACUCAUCCACACGUGGUAUGCCAGCCAUUCUCUGAUCAAAACCAUUUGGGUCAUGGCCAUUAGCCAGCACCAGUUCUAUCUGGACAGAAAGCAAAGCAAAGCUAAAUUAGGAGCAGCAAGGAGUUUGGAGGAAAUUGCCAUGGAUCUCACGGAGCACGGAGGAGCAAAAAUAAACAGACUGGGAGACACAGGCCUGAAGAAUAACUUCAUAACGGCCAGCAAUGGGAGCCUGGUAUCUACAGGUUCUGCAGACUCUGAAAUGAGCGAGGAACAGAAGAAAGAGAAACUCGCCGAGCUGAGAAAGAAAGAGCAAGCGAUCCAGGAUAUUUUGGCCAAGAAAACAAAAGAACUGAAAAAGAUUUGCCUGAGAGAGGCGGAGCUCACUGGCAAGCUGCCAAAAGAGUAUCCCCUCUCUUCAGGUGAAAGACCGCCACAGGUCAGACGGCGAGUUGGCACUGCUUUCAAGUUGGACGACUUGUUCCCGUACAAUGAGGAUCCUUUCUUGAGGAACCUGGAGAGCAGAUUUGCCCUGCAGCAAAAGAUUGUGGAGGCGGCUAAGAAACUCGCAAAUGAGCCAGAACUGUGCAAGACAGUCAAGAAGAAGAGGAGAAGAAACUGUCUGGAUGCCAUGCAUAAACUCCAGCAGAUAGAGGAUGAGAUGAACCAGUACAGAAUCAAGAAGGGAAAAAAGCCCACACAGCGGGCUUCAGUAAUCAUUGCAGAUGAACUCAUCCGUUCAGACUGUAGCUCCCUGUCUAGUCUCCCACUGGAUGAUGAUGACUCAGACAGCGUGGGUCAGAGGCCACGCUCCCGGUCGGUCCAAGGUUCCCCUCAGCUCAGUCCAAUGCGAUCGCUGGGGGCAGAAUAUGAUUUGGAGAGACAGGGAUCUCCAAGGGAAAAUCACAAUAACAAGAAUCACAGCAGAUUAGCUUUUGAAGGCCAGGAGGCUUCCCACUACUACCAGAAUCCAAGAGAGGUCUCCUCCACCCACAGUAGUCCCUAUAAAACCCUUCCCAGACCUCCUAGAGAUCCACGCAGCAUGCCUCCCACCCCGGUUAUGACACGCAAUGCCUACAGCAGCAGCCAGCUCAGGUCAGAGGGGUCUCCUCACUGCUUCAGGCAUCGCAGCGGAAGUCUGGAGUCACAACCUCGACUAAGAAAAGACACAGACUCAGAGAAGCCGGUGUUUAUCUUGUCACAAGCCCACCGCAGCAACAGCACAGAGGUGUUAGAGGACUGCUCCUCCUACACCAGUCAGUCCAGUCUAGACUACUGCGGGGCAGCCAGCUCCCACUACAGUACACUGGACUCUCGGACCUCAACCAUGCAUCGUCUCCACAGGAAGGUGGAAGUAUAUGGAAAUACCGGGAGCAUGCCCAACUUGGUCCAGCACCAUUCUGGCUGUAAUUAUUCAUGUGAGACCUCAGCACACUAUGCACCUAAUGCCUACUAUGUCACCGACUACCCCUGCUCGGACAUGGAGCCUUAUGCUAACGGUGCCUACGUGUAUGAGAAUGAAGUUGAAGGCCACUACAACGUCAACCCUUCCUACCAAAUGAAUGGGUAUCAUGGACAUGACAGAUUCAGACAUUACAGCAGUGACCGGGCAGAUGGUCUUUCCCAGAAUCCCUACGCGACACUAAGGCCGCCGCGGAACAGAGAGGGGCCCAGAAAUGAGCUCUUGGCCAAGAACAUGCAGAAGGCCCUGGUGGCGGAGCAUCUGAGAGGCUGGUAUCACCGGAGCAAGGGCCACAGGGAGGGAGGGAGGGGGAUGCUGGCUGGAUAUGACUUCGACAGUGGCUCUCAGCUCAGCCUGGGCUACCAGACCAUGCCAGCCGCCUUCAGCCACUCCAGCAGAACCACCUCCUUCUCCUCAGUGUCUUCAGUGGAGAGCACAGGCAACUGGCGCAACCAGCUGGCAGUUGGCCUGACAGAGUACGAUACACCCGUCACACCUCAGUACCCUCAACCUGGAGCUCACGCUUCUCCGUACAACCGCAGUCCCACACACAGCAGAUUUUCUCCAGAAAACAAAGUGUGUGACACAAUGCCUAAAAAUUCUGAGUCAGUUGAAGUGGUUGGCGCUGAGGCCACUAGUACAGAUGAACCAUCAGCCAACCAUUCUAGCACUUAAGGGUGAGAUCAAACACAGCUGGCUGCUCUGUGUCGUGUUACCAGUCAUCUCCAUUUUGACAUUCCACCGCCAUUCGUGUGUUACUUCUUUUCAGAUUUUUUUAAACAAAUCAUCCACAUUUUCAUAUUGUGGUUUCCUAUUUUUCUCUUCACGCACAGCAUGCUAACAUACUGAUGCUUAUCAGAUGUAAUGUUCACUGUGCUCACCAUCUUAGUUUAGUGUGUUAGCAUGCUAAUAGUUGCUUGGGAUUGUCAUUAGUUCUUUUCAAUAUGAAUAAAUAGUUAUUACAGUUCAGCGUUAGGGGAACAUUAAUGUCCCAGCAAAAGUAUGGUAACCCAUCCAAUAGUUUUAUAGCUUUAGCCUCCUAGGACAAUGAAUGUCUGAAUCAAAUUUCUUGGCAAUCUAUCCAUUAGUUGUUGAGAUAUUUUGGUAUGGACCAAAGUGGUGGAUCAACUGACCCUAAAGCUACGCUGCUGGCAUGGCUAAAAAGUAGGAAGUUUCCAUUUAGUCCAUGAAGCCCAGAUCACUUUGUACACCAUCACGCAGUAAUGUGGACUAUAUGGUUUAUUGCAUUUCCAUUUCCAUUACUCUGUUUUAUGACAAGGUUCAGGCAUGUGUUCCUUGUUCUCGAACAGUUAAACUACAGUAGACUUGACAUAUUCUUGUGUCACUUU